AGGAUGCUUACAAAUUUGGAAAUCUUGUCCCCAAAACUGAAGGUGUUCCAAUAAAAGCUGAGGACAAAGGAGGUGUUUACAAAAGCUUUCCAAUGCAGGAGGAGAACCAAGCCUCUCUGAAAACUGAUGAGGUGAAGAUGAAGCCCACAGCUGAGGAAACACUAACACAAGCUGAACAUAAACCUGAGCUUGACAACCUCCAGCCCUGGACAGGAGGCGCUGAGGUCAUGGAGAAGACUCCGAAGUCUGAUUCAGAGCCUGAGGUAUACACUGAUUCGGAGAAAAGACUCUUUAAAAUCUCAAAUGUGGAGUCCAACCCAGAGACCGAGUCUCUUUCGGGGUCUGAGACUGAAGAAAGGGCAACAGGUUUAAAAGGAAACUCUAAGACAGAAGAUGAAACUGUGAUCCGACAGCCUGAUUCAGUAGAAACCUUUAAAAUCCCAAAUCUGGACUUGAACUUGACGCCUCAAAUGGAGAAAGGAGAAUAUUUGGAGUCUAAAUCUCAGUCUAAAGUACAGGACCAAAGACUGGCAAGCUCUAAAGUUCCAGACCUGGAGUCUGAUCCAGGCCUGAGGGGGGAGAAAACUGUGGAUGCUGGAGAGACGAGGAGGGAGGAGAAGAAGAGGCCAAAGUCAGAGGAGAAGGAGGAGGAGAUGAUGGCCGGAGGAGCGAAGAAGCAGACCCUGAGUCUGAGGGAGGCCCAGGCGGUGCUGCUGAGGAAGACUCUGUCCCGGGCAGGAAGAGGAGACAAGAUGGCUGCCCUGCUGAUGAAGCACAUUGAGAAGGAGAGGAAGAAUCUUCGCAGUCGCACCUCCUCUUCCUCUAACUCUUCCUCAUCAUCAGCAUCAUCAUCAUCAUCCUCCUCCUCAGUAAAAACCAGUGUGAAGAGCUUCCACACUCAGAAGGGCCAGUACACCAUCCACGUCUCUGCACCCACAGCCGAUGGACAGGCAGCCACAGGAGGGGGAGGAGUAGGAGGAGGGUUGGAGAGGAUCCAGGUGAUGUUCACGCCGACCAUCUGCAAGGUGCGCUGCAGCCAGGACCGUUGUGUCAACUACUGCGAGAGAGGCAACAUGACCACGCUGUACAGCAGCAACGGUGAAGGGGGAGGAGGAGGAGGAGGAAGGAGAGACGGCUCCCAUGGACCAGGCUUCAGAGUCUUCCUCUGCCCUCUGCUCUGUAAGAACGGAGGCGUCUGUCUGCAGAAGGAUCGCUGUCUCUGCCCGCCAAACUUCACCGGAAAGUUCUGCCAGAUCCCCGUCGCCCCCACCUCGGCCGCAGCUGCCCCCGCCGCAGCCUCGCCGUCCUCCACCAAUGAGAUCGUCAAGCCUGCGCUCCUCUCCACCAUGGCAGCCAAUCAGGAGCUGACCCGGUCGGAGUUCCUCCUGCCGCUGGGACCAAACCAGGAGGCGAGGUCUGGAGCUCUCGGUCCUUCCAUGGUCAAGGUCAGAGUGCAGCACCCCCCAGAGGCCAGUGUGAAGAUCCACCAAGUGCUGAAGGUGUCUGGAUUCAGUCCCACCCUGCGGACACUCUCCUCCCCGUCCUCCUCGGGGUCAGCGGGUGCUCCGGCUCCAGCUGAUAGGGGCAUUCAGGCUCAGACGGUGAGGGGGGACGGCACGUACACCCAGCUCUCCGGGUUCAAGUACUGCUUCAGGGAGGUCAAAGACGGACAGUGCAGCUCUCCUCUGCCUGGACUGAGGAGCAGGGAAAUGUGCUGCAGAGGGAUGGGGAAGGGCUGGGGAAUCACGGACUGUGUCCUGUGUCCUGAUAAUACAGGUCAGAGCAACAGUAGCUGUCCUGCUGGUUUUGAGCGAGCCAAUGGAACGCAGUGUGUCGAUGUGAAUGAGUGCCUCCAGCCGGGGCUGUGUGAGAACGGGAUCUGUGUGAACACCAGGGGGAGCUAUAGCUGUGUGUGUAGGUUGGGGUUCAUCCUCGACGCCACACAUGGAAUCUGCAUCUCCCAUAGUGUGAUUUCAGAGGAGAAGGGUCAGUGUUACCGGGUCCUGGGCUCAGGUCAGGGUCCGUCCUCCUGCUCCUUGCCCAUCCUCAAGAACAUCACCAAACAGAUCUGCUGCUGCAGCCGAGUCGGCAAAGCCUGGGGACCCGACUGCCAGAGAUGUCCUUACUUUGGUUCAGUGGCCUUUAAGGAGAUCUGUCCAGCUGGUCCCGGGUAUCACUACUCAGCUUCAGCCCUACAGUUCAGCCAGAGAGCCACCGAACAGCUGGGGGGCCAGGGAACCCCACUGGUAACCCACAGCAACCAGGAUAACCAGGGUGCUGAUUCUGGAUCCAGUAGCAGCGGAGCCUCCAGGUCCCAGCAGAAACCCUCUUCCUCUGGAGUGACAGCUGGUGGAGCGAGCACUUCGCUGAGCUCUGCAUCAGGUGUCGGCUCCAGUGCUGGAUCAGCUGAUACCAGCAGCACCCAGACCAGACCCAGUCUACGUCAGCCUCAACCCCGGCCUCCAUCUCAGCCUCAGACCCGCCUAGCUGCAGGCUCUCCCUCCACCAGGCCGGUGCAGCCCGGCAGCACUGGCACCACAGUCACCCACGACAAACCCCAGACUCCUGGCAGACCUGCGACCCAGCAGAGCCGCCCUGAGUCUGCUCCAUCGUUCACAACACAACCAAGACCACAGCCUCCGUCCACUGGGAGACAAGGCGGUCGUCCCUCCUCUGUGUCCCCGCCCGAUCAGCUGCCAGCGAGAGGCGACUCUCUCCCUGCUCCGGCCCAGCCGCAGAGUCCCGAUCGUGGGUCGAGACCCAGCGAAGAACUCCCUCCUCAGCAGAACAGACCAGCUGUCCGUCCGACGAUCAGACCCACCAGGGUCCAGACAGUGCGAGGUGUGUGCGAGAGCAGACCAGGUGUGUGUGGGCGUGGCCGCUGUGUGGAUCAGCCAGGUGGAAGACACACCUGUGUGUGUGAUCAGGGAUACCAGCCCAAUGCUCAGCGCACAUACUGCCAAGAUGUGAAUGAGUGUCUUCAGUCUCCAGGUGUGUGUUCGGUGGGAGAGUGUGUGAACACCAUGGGCAGCUACAGGUGUGUGUGUCCGUCUGGAUACAGGAGCAGCAGCCAGCAGACCAGUUGUCAAGACAUCGAUGAGUGCCAGCUGAACCCCUGCAGGAACGGUCGCUGUGACAACACACCGGGCAGCUACAGGUGUGUCUGUGGCCUUGGUUACAAGCUCAUCGGCAACACCUGCACAGAUGUGGAUGAGUGUGAGGACCCUCUGCAGUGUCCGGGUCAGGAGUGUGUCAACAGCCAGGGUUCAUACCGCUGUGUGUCCUGUAAGCCUGGAUAUGGUCUGCUCAACAGGCUCUGCACAGACAUCGACGAGUGUCGUCUGGCUCCCUGCUCCAACGGUCGCUGUGAAAACACACCCGGAAGCUACCACUGUGUCUGUCGCAACGGUUUCAAGCUCCAGAACAACACCUGUACAGAUGUAGAUGAGUGUGUGGAGCCGUCUCAGUGUCCGGGUCAGAUGUGUGUAAACUCUGUAGGAUCAUACCGCUGUGUGUCCUGUCGACCAGGAUACAGACUGACCAACAGACUGUGUACAGAUGUAAAUGAGUGUGAGAACAGUGAGUCAUGUCCUGGUCAGCAGUGUGUGAACACUGAAGGAUCCUACAGCUGUGUGGACUGUCAGCAGGGAUACCACAGUGUGAGCGGAGUGUGUACAGAUGUGAAUGAGUGUGCGCAGGUCUCUCAGUGUCCUGGUCAGCAGUGUGUGAACACUAUGGGAUCGUAUUACUGUGUGUCCUGUCAGCCUGGGUAUCGCAUCAAAGAUGGCUCCUGCCAAGAUAUAGACGAGUGUGCGAGCGCUGGGGCGUGCGAGGCCCAGCGAGUGUGCGUGAACACCAUCGGCUCGUUCAGGUGCGACUGUCCACCUGGGUAUCGAACCGCCGGCCUGGGAAGACAGUGUAGAGACAUUAACGAGUGUUUGGAGGGUGAUUUCUGUUUCUCCAGAGGAGAGUGUGUGAACACACCUGGAUCCUACACGUGUGUGUGUUCUCAGGGAUUCACACUGAGUGACAACAGGACGGCCUGCCUCGAUGUGGAUGAGUGUGUGAAGCCGGGUGUGUGUUUGGACGGUCGCUGUGUAAACACUGAGGGCUCCUUCCAUUGCCAGUGUCAACCUGGCUUCACCACCAACCCCGAGAGGACCACCUGCCUCGAUGUGGACGAGUGCGUCUCGUCCAGCGGUUCCGUCUGUGGGUCACGCCGUUGUGAAAACACGAUUGGUUCAUACCGCUGCCUCACUUCCUGUGAUCCGGGCUACCGGGUGACACAGACUGGCGACUGCGAAGAUAUUAAUGAGUGUACCAACAAGACGGUGUGUGGGGAUCACGCCUUCUGCCGGAACGUGAUAGGAACCUACCUGUGUGUGUGUGACCGGGGCUUCACCUCCACCGCCGACGGAAAAGCCUGCGUGGCAGAGACUGCCCCCAGCUACCCCAGCUCCUCCUCCUCCUCCGUCCAUGCCAGUGUAGUGGAGGUGGAGGCGUUGCGCCCCCCCCUCCCUGUGGCUCGUCCCGGCGAGCUGAGGGAGUGUUACUACAACCUUGCCGAUCGAGGCACCUGCAGCCUGCUGGCCACCAACACCAGCCAGCAGGAGUGCUGCUGCACAGUGGGGGAAGGCUGGGGACUGGGCUGCCAGUACCACACCUGCCCCCCUACAGACACAGCCGAGUUUCUGUCUCUGUGUCCCAGUGGGAGAGGAUAUGUUACUACUGGACCAGGAGCCUUCAGCUACAGAGACGUGGAUGAGUGUAAGCGUUUCCAUCCGGAGGUGUGUAAGAACGGAGUGUGUGUCAACAACAUCCCCGGAUACAACUGCUACUGCUCCAGUGGAUACGUUUACAACAGCACGCUGCUGGAGUGUGUCGAUCACGACGAAUGUGAAGAGGAGAGCUGUAUCGGAGGAGUGUGUGUGAACACGGUGGGGUCAUAUUACUGCAGCUGUCCACCUCCUCUGGUGCUGGACGACACACAACGAAACUGUGUCAACUCGUCCCACCUCACCGUGGAUGAGAACCUGUCUGUGUGCUGGCAGCAGCUCUCAGCAGACCUGAUGUGUCAGAGUCCUCUGCUUGGGGCUCAGGUCACCUUCACCGACUGCUGCUGUCUAUACGGCGAGGGCUGGGGGAUGCAGUGUGCCCUCUGCCCCACCAUGGACUCCGAAGACUAUGCCUUUCUGUGCAGUACAUAUCUUGCGUCUCAGUUUACGAGUUUUUCGGAUUCGAGCGGAUCAGAGACAGGAGUGAGACCAGGAGCAGGACGAGGAGGAGGGAGCGCUCCUCCACAUUUCCCUCCCUUCAGCCCGGACUCCUUCCCUCCAGCUGUGGUUCCCAGCAGAGACUUCGGUCGUCCUGACUAUGACGAUUACUCUUUAGCAGGAGGCGGCAGGUCGGGGUUCAGGGGGAGGACACCUGCCUCCUUCAGUCUGCCGGACGGAGCCUAUCGCAGGCCUGACUAUGGCACCGGUUAUUACUCUGAAGGAGACUACGGCUCCCCUGACACCUCUCCACCCAGGCCUCCGUCUUUCCGUCUCCCGCCAGACCCGCGGGCUGAGACGGCAUUCGGGGCGCGACCUCCUCCUCCGUCCCGGCCUGAUGGUCCCCCUCUCAGCCUGGCCCCGCUGCCUGGAGCUCCCUAUGAGGAGGAGGAGGACGAGGAGACGUGGAGGCCGGGCCCACCAUUCCCUCCCUUCACUGAGAGAGGAGGAGGAGCACCGAGGAGGGUGUAUGAGAGGCGUUAUGAGCCCUAUGCCAGCCUGAGUACAGCAGAGGAUUGUGGGAUACUGCAUGGCUGUGAGAACGGCAGGUGCAUUCGUGUCGCGGAGGGUUACACCUGUGACUGUUACCAAGGAUACGAACUGGACAUGACCUCCAUGACAUGUAUAGACAUAAACGAGUGUGAGGACGGCGUCAGCGUGGAGUUCCCGUGUGUGAACGCUCGCUGUGUGAACACCGAAGGCUCGUUUCGCUGCGUCUGCAGGAGAGGAUACGUCAUGUCUCGCAGACCAAACCACUGUGUGGCUGCAUAGACCAGAUCAAACCAGACUGGACUCGAUCUGAUCUAAACAAUCUGAGACUGGACUACACAAAGGCAGACUGGGCUAGGCUAGAUUAGACUAAACUGGCUAUGGCUUUACUUUAGGACCAGAUUUGACAAACUAGACUUGACCAGGAUAAGAUGUACUGGACUAAAAUACUCAGGACUGCACUAAACUGGGCUAAACUAAACUGGGCACAACACAAAAAAAAAUUCUUUCCAGCUUUCAGACUGGGACCAGGAUCAGUUGGUGGUGGUAUAAAGUGACUGUACACACAAUUAAUUAUCUAAUUUUAGUGUUAUUCUUUGAAGUUGAACUGGAAUUAGAAUUGUGCUUAAUAUAUGUGUAUGUGUGUGUCAUUUAAAAUGACACUGAAGAACCGAAGGAUCGUUGCUCUGCUGAAAAAUGAUUUGCUCAUAGUUGAGAGGAUUCCUUUAAUACCUGAGGCAGUGAGUCCAAUAUCUCCCAGCUUUAGUUAUAUUUUCUGGCAAUUGUUUGUUAGCGUGUUAGCCCGCUAGCUAAUAAACAGUCAGUUUGCCUUUAAGCAAGUGAACUGGACUGGACUGGAUUGCACUGAAUAAUCUUUGGCUGAAAGACUUAAGAGAGGAGAAUAAACAACUUUACCACCCAGGGUUAAACUCAGCACUCUUAUUUAUCUAACACCAGUUUCUGUGCAUUUAAGCUGUGUUUUUUAUUCAUGUCUGACCAAAAGCUCAGUUUCCUUAAGAGUGACUUCACACUAAAUCCGGUGUUUGGGUCUGUAGAUCACAUGUCCAGUCAUUUUAUUAAAAGAUCAGUUUCAGAUUCUGGUCCCAGUCUAUAGAUUUCUUUACCACAGCAGAUCUUCAGUUGUAGUGUAGCUCAGUCUAAACCAGUCUAGCCCUGUUUAAUUAGCCCAGUGACGGAAACCAGUCUAAAACCAGAUGUAGACUCUAGGCUGGCUCUGAUUGGCCCUGUUUGGCCCGGUAUGAGGUGAACUGAGGACCAAGCUGUGCCCAAAGUUCACGUGUAUGUUUUUGACUUCCUACAGAUUGACGGCCUCGACACUAUCUGGAUGUUGAUUGUACUGAAAGGUCUGGUUGGUUAUUUUCAGAGAGUUGUUGGGAGAUGUGUGAAGUUGUGCAGUAGAAGAAGAAACAGUUGUGUGUUUUGUUUUUUUUUGUUUUUUUUUAGGAAACUAACCAGGCUUCACUGGGAGAGAAACGCUGACCUCAGAUCAGUUCAGAA